GAAGACGGAAGGUCGCUCUUUUAUGUGAAAUUUUUUAGCACACAGAAAGGAAAUUUACGCUUUUGAGUGUCUCGAAUUUGCCCUAAAAAGGAAGCUGAAAGAUUGUACAAGCUGGUUUCGUUCAUGUGUAAGUCUUGACAUACGUUAGCGGUCGAAUCCCAUCUAUUCAAAGUAAAGUUCAUUGAAACAGGCCCCUUAAGACAAUACUGCACGCUUGCAUGUUUGAGAGUUAGAUAUUCUGCCUUUUUUAAUUGAGAAGGAAGAAGGUAACGUACAGAAAUCGGUCAUCCACUGCUAUGAAGCAUAUGAUUGGAUUUCACAUGCAUCAUUCGUCUAUGUGGGGUCGAGCAGGUGAUUCCUUAAAUUUGAUUUUAAGCCUUUUUUUUUCUUACAGUGUGGAGUUUUCAAUCUAUUUUUCUUUUCACACGUCUGACUGAAAAGCCUUCAUCAUCCACUUUAACAACAAGGCUACACUGAAUUAUGCCCUCACCCCCAAAACCUUGGGAAACUAGUAACAAUAGCAAUACAAGUUCAGCAGCAGUAGUAGGAGCAGCAGCAGCACAACCCAUGACUGACAUGUCAACAACCGCAACAACCACAACACCAUCAGGUGUACCCACAGUUCCUAAUCGGCCUUCUACCAUGGGAUUGGGAUCAGCUACUUCUGGAACGACAGCAGGACUAGGCUCGGCUUAUGGAGGUUAUGGAACAACCGGUUAUGGAGGAUAUGGCUCAUCAGGAUACGGUGGAUAUGGCUCAACAGGGUACGGAGGCUACGGUUAUAAUCGUUUAGGAGGAUAUGGAUCAUCUUAUGGGGGAUACGGCUCUUCCUAUGGUGGCUAUGGCUCCACCUAUGGUGGUUAUGGCGGCUACGGCAGUUAUAAUCGAUUUGGAUAUAAUCGAUUUGGUGGCGCUGGUGGUAUGUACGGUGAGAUGGGAGGGCCUAUGGAUGGUGAUUUCAGCUUAACACAAAGGAUGGAAGCUAGUACGCGAGCAACAUUUAAUGUAAUUGAAUCUCUCGUGGGUGCAUUCGGUGGAUUUGCACAAAUGCUGGAUUCAACUUAUAUGGCUACCCACUCUAGUUUUAUGGCCAUGGUAGGAGUAGCAGAGCAGUUUGGAUAUCUGAGGCAGUAUUUAGGCAAUAUAUUUAAUAUAUUUCGGCUGAUACGAUGGCUGAAACGUUUAUUAUAUCGUAUUACUGGACGAACGCCCCCGCCUGAAUUAUUAGAGGAGGAAGAUAGAGCGCAAGAGCAACAACAAGAAGAAGGUAGCGAAAAUACAUUACAGAUCACAGAGCAAGGGGAGGAAGAUGAACAAUUAGAUGACAGCAAAGUUAAAACCAAGCAGCUACAAUAUAGAAGCAAACGCCCUCUUAUCAUAUUUUUAGCUUUGGUAACCGGUUUACCUUACAUCACGUAUAGACUGAUCAAAAGAGCAAAUGAAAAUAGAAAAAGGCAGUUGCAGGAAAGAAUGUUGAUACCACAAUUUGGAGGAGCCCCACCGGAGGUUGCACGGGCAGUCUAUGAUUUCGUAGCAGAAAAUCCGAUCGAAUUACCGUUACGGCAAGGGGAAACUGUUGAAGUCUUGUCGAAAGUAGAUCCAGCAACUGGUAUGCCUUGUGAAUGGUGGCAAGGAAGAAAACCUGAUGGUUCAUUUGGGAUUUUCCCAGCGAACUAUGUACAAAUUGUGAUGUAACUUAUUUAUUUUAGAGGAUUGAUUUCCAACCAAAUGAUAAAAAGGCAGCAUUAGACAAGAUAUCACCCGUAGAAAGGGCUUUACUAUAUACCAGCAAUUUCGAUAAGACUCGAUAGAACCUGCACAUAAUAGCUAAAAAAUUCUUCUUAAUUCAAUUUUUUAAAUAUUUCAAAAAAAAAAAAGUUUGCUUU